UUGUGAUAAAAAAUAAAAAAUGAUUAAGAAAAAAUUAAAAAGACGCAAAAAAAAAGGAAAUUCACGACAACAAAUAAAAGUUUAUGUUUGACGUUGCAGCAAUGAGAGGCGUGCUAAUAUAUGAAUAUGAUUUUUUGAUGUUUCGUGCACUCAUUACCCAGAAUAGAGUCCUUAACAAAAACGGUUUUUCUUAUCCAUUUGUUAUUUACGUUAGGGAAUCUUCUUUUCACGACAUGUUCUCACGACAUGUCGAAUGCAUGACGUUUUUAAAACAUGAUAGUAAAACACGCAAAUUUAUAAACCACGUGAGUACAUUCAUUUCAUAAAACACAAUCUAAGUGAAGGAAAGACAGCUAGUCGCUCAGCUUGUUGGUAAUUAUGGAUUCGUGUAAAACUGCAAUGUGGCUUGUCUCGCAUUCAGUCUGGUUCGAUAAGUUGCACGUGAACUGGAUUCUGCAGAAGCAGCUAGAGUGUUACUACAAAAGCACAAACAUGGCUGCUGUAUCAGAUGAAAGCUUUUCUCUGUUCAGAAAUCCUAACUUACUUCAAUCGCGUGGAUAUAACCCGAAUGUAAUAUGUACAACCAGUAAUGGUCACACUGACUUGGGAAGAAUACAAGCUUUCCUCAGUCCGAACGAUAAGCAUCGUAUAAAGACAGAACAGCAAAGUGCGGAUUUUUUUAGUUUAAUGAGGCCGACCAUGGAUCCGAACCUACAGCAAAUGUCACCACGCAACAACACGGGUUACCCAGGCAAAAAAGAGACAAGAUAUGAGGAUAACGAAGACAAAGUUUGUCAGAUCUGUAGUGAUCGAGCAACGGGUAAACAUUAUAAAGUUUUUUCAUGCGAAGGGUGCAAAAACUUUUUUCGAAGAAGCGUUCGAAAGAAUGUAAAAUAUGUUUGUCCUGCUUAUGGAAAAUGUCCUGUACAUAAAGACCAAAGAACGAGAUGUAAAGCAUGCAGAUUAAAGAAAUGUUUAAAAGCUGGUAUGAGAAAAGAAGCGGUUCAAUGUGAACGAAAACCGUUAAUGAUUCCGUCACCAUCUGGUCGUCAUGGCAGGGAAAAAAACAAAACAAUAGGCUUGGAUUACCAGACAAGUUCUGAUGAAAGUGAAGAAGACCCCCCAAAGAAAAUGUUAAAAACUUCAACUUCCAAUUCACCACCUCUUAACCUUGCACCUUCAUCGAACGAAUACAAACAUUUUCGAAACGAUGCUAACACGAUGGAAAGAUUUGCAAGCACCUCUGAAAGCAGUCAAAAAAGUCCAACAUUAUCUCAAGACGCAACUGAAUCCUCUGCAUUUGAGUCAAAAUCAAUAUCUUCCAACGUAACAUUUAAAAAGGAAAACUCUCCGAAUUUACAGACGACGCAAGAAAACAUAGAGUCGGAUGUGUUCGCUCCACCUUUAGAAAAAUUUAAACAAGGCUAUCAACAAUCCGAUAACGUCGACACUAUUGUUGACGUCGAGAGUGUAAGUGGCAGUAAGGACGUCGACACGAGACAGCAAGAGUUAAAACAACUGCAUAUCUUGACGGGAAACAAGUUAUUCAAACUCGAACCUCCUAGUAUAUCAACCACCGAUGUUGGAUAUCUAUACGAAAUGUCGACAAGGUUGUUAUUUGCUACGCUGGACUGGGUGCAAGGACUUUCCUGUUUCCAACAACUUCAUCAUAUCGACCAGUUUAAUUUGUUAUUAAAUAAGUGGUACUCGCUAUUUAUUCUUGGAAUAGCGCAAUACUCUUCCAUGUUUCCAGUGUCUACCAUGUUGUUUUUGGCAAACUCGAGUCAAAAUAACGAGAAUGCUCGCAAUAAUCCGCCACCUCUACGAUGGAGUACAUUUGUGAAGUUAAAGGACGUCGUAAUGAAUGGAAGUUUGAACUUGAAGCUUUCAAAGGAAGUUUAUGAUUAUAUGAAGAUCAUAACAUUGUUCGACAAAGAUAUUCCUGGAUCAAUAGACAAGGACUUUAUUCUCCAAACAUGCUUGAGAUCACAAUCAUCUUUAGAGAAAAUAUUAACCGAGACUUCAAGACAAGAAAACGGAGAAAAUAUACGAGACAGAAUUUUGCUUGUCUUAGAUUGCGUUAAUAAUCUGCAUAAGAUGGAAGUGACACAGACAUUUUUUGCACCCAUAUUGAGACAAACCUCAAUAGAAUUUAUCAUACAAAAGGUUUUAACUGUGAAAACAACGAGAUCGCCGCAUCUUUAAAACGAAAACAUUGCGCUUAAACUUAUUGUAAAUAUAUAUAAAAACUGUAUAUAUCUCAUUUUAGCAGAUUCUUUUUAAACUAAUUUAACACAACCCGAAGGUUAUGUUGUAAACAUUACCAUCACGUGCAUAGAGUUGACGUAAACAAGAGGAAGGCAUCCCCCCACCUUUAGGUGGCUUUGAAAACCAUUCUCUUCAUCCUAUCACCGUAAAACCUUUAGACUUAUACUACUGUUUUUAAAAUACACUUUAUAUUUUUACCGACUUGUAUCUCCUCUCUCACGUGAAUUUCUACAGAAAAUAGUACUAAAUCUGUUAAAAACUAUAUUUACAUAUAUUUAUGAUUUUUGAAAUAUCCUGUCAAGAAAAUAAAAAAUAUAAACCUUUAUUGGUAUGCUUUUCCUGAUCAGCAACAUUUUUGAGCUAAAUUGCACUUAAAGUCAAACCAGGGUGGUUGAUUGAUUUCUAGUGUUCAAAGGAAGCGACUUAAAAUACAAUACCAAAUAAAUUGUUUGUAUCGCAACCUUCCAUUCUAGUCAG